UGGUCAGACUGUCACCUCUGUCCAGCUAAACCAAACAGGGACCAACCACAGAAGAUGAGCUCCACAGUGAGGGGAUCUUUAAGGGAAAGACGUAAUUGUCUUUUAAUCAUUUAUGUAUUUCAGAGUUGCAUUAACUCUUUAAAAGUACCAACUUCUUGGGAUCCUUAGAAUGAGGAUAUAAAUGAAUGCUUUUACUUUAUCUCUGCUCUUGUUUUUAUGAUUGAUUCGAGUUUCUAUGGAAACGGACGUUGUCAAGCCUUCUGAAUAUGCAAGAGGUGGAGGCUGUCAACAGCUGUGAAGAAGCUGUUAAUGUUACAUUUCAUGUUAAUGCAACUUUCACCAGGUACGUCAAUCAUCAGCAAGUUCAUCUCAGAGAAGAGGACAUUUAGCCUUUACAUAAUUUGACUAAGUGCUUAAGUAAGGGCUUGACGGGAUUGUGUUUCAAUGAAAGAAUGAAAAACGAAGGAAACAUUAAGAAAAAGAGAGUAAAGGGCAAGUUUUGGUUUGAUUAAAAAAAAAAAAAAAAAAAAACAUGACAACGUGAUGUACAAUGGCCAAAACAAUACAACAUUUCAGAAUGCACAAGAUUUCCAAAUUAAUAACAUUUCAGAAAACACAACAUCUCAGAACACGACAGCAUACAGUAUAUUCACAGAACACAGCAAAACAUUUAACAAAACACAACAUUUUCCAACCAUUUCAGAAAACAAACUGAAAUGUUGUUGUGUCUGGGCCACCAUAACGAUGCCUGAAAAAAAAAAAAAGAAAAAAGAAAAUAUCUUCUAAUCCAACAAAAUAUUGCUACAAGACAGCAAUGAAUAUUGAGAAUCAACGCUGAAAUUCUAACCAAAUCCCAGAGCUCGGGGCUCAAAAAGAGAACCUGAGGCUACAAACACAAUAAGUCAGUGCAGAUCAGGACCACAAAGACUGCGCAGAGUUUGGCACGACGCUGCGUGGUUGUAAAUCCAAACGACUCCUGGUGAGUGAAUAAAAACACAUUCACAAGACCUUUAAAGAGAAUUUGUUCAAUCACUGGAAAGGAUCUGAAAGGUCACUGUACUUCAUACUUAACUUUUAUUUCAUCCUCCAGUUCAUGUUAAAUCAGGAGUAGUCAGUAAGCUCUUAAACAGGAUGAACAUCGGUUCUAGGAAUGUGCAUGUUUUGUUUUUUGUUUUUUGUUUUUUUUAACUCAGCCCAGUAAAUCAGUCACUCCUCACUAACUCUUAUCCAAAAUAAGAAACUCCGACGUUUGACCAAAAUAGGAGAGAAGUACCUGUUAAAGCCGAGAGGAUUGUGCGUGACUUUAUCUGCUUCUCAACUUAAUGAAAAGUUACCUCAGCAGCUUAACCUUGUUAGUUAACUGCCUGGGCAUCUGAAAUAUGUUCAGGGACCUCACAUAGUAGAAGCAAAACCUACUUCCUCAAGCGUAACUGAGGUCACGACUUUUUGUAGUCGGGUCUGAAAUGAUCUUGUUUUCUGCUACAAAUCUCAGGUGGUUUGGCACCGAGGACUUCCACUCGUAAUUGUCCCGCUAAGCACCCUCCCACAAAACAAAUAACACACCGAAGAGGCGUCUCUCCCAAAACGCGCAAAUCUCCACUCCAUCCCGCAAUAGGUGCGCAAAAAUGAUCCAAAUGUAUGUUUCGCGUUCUGUGCGCAGUCACGGUGCGUCAUGCGCGCUUCGCGGUCUCGUGUUUAGGUAUGUCUGGUCAGUGCAUGGCAGAGCUGUGCGUGGCGCAGAGGAGGCAGGAGAAGACUGCUGCCCCCCUCACUCCUCCAGUGAGCCUCAGGAGAGCGCAGGGAGAAGGAGGGCUGCACGGGGGGACCGCGCGGCUGCACACUGAGCGUUGCUUUUCUUGUCCUCGGCGCUGGUUUGGAACCGAGAUUGCAAACACGCGGUUACACCAUGCAGACUCGCGCCGCCUAGACAGCCUAUUUCAUGUUCAAUGCUCUUUCGUGAGUUGCAGUUAUAAGUGAUCUGAAGCCUGCUAUGGAGGACUUCUUUAGUCAAAAUGAGUCUGAGCACUGACAAUGUCACAAACUUGUGGAAAAAUGGUUCCGCGGAACUCGGCGGGACUCUGGGCGCGUCCUCCCCGGUCAACUUCACCAACAGCUCCGGGGGGAACCACACGGAGCCCGGCGUGGUGGAUCUCACCCGAGCCAUCCCGCUCGGCUUGGUGCUCGGGGCUUUCAUCGUGUUCGCCAUCGCGGGCAACAUCCUCGUCAUCCUCUCGGUGGUGUGCAACAGGCACCUGCGCACCCCGACGAACUACUUCAUCAUCAACCUGGCCAUCGCCGACCUGCUGCUGAGCACCACGGUGCUGCCGGUGUCCGCCACCCUGGAGAUCCUCGACUACUGGGUGUUCGGCAGGAUCUUCUGUGACAUCUGGGCGGCGGUGGAUGUGCUGUGCUGCACCGCGUCCAUCAUGAGCCUGUGCGUAAUAUCCAUCGACCGCUACAUCGGAGUGAGCCACCCGCUGCAGUACCCGGGCAUCGUGACGGAGAAGCGCGCCCUGUGGGCCAUGCUCGGGGUGUGGGCGCUGUCGGUGGUCAUCUCCAUCGGACCUCUGUUCGGGUGGAAGCAGCCGCCGUCGCCGGACGACACGGUGUGCCCCAUCACCGAGGAGCCGUUUUACGCGCUCUUCUCCUCCCUCGGCUCCUUCUACAUCCCCCUGGUCGUUAUCCUGGCCAUGUACUGUCGGGUGUACAUAGUCGCCAAACGGACCACUAAGAACCUGGAGGCCGGCGUGAUGCGCGAGAGGAUGAACUCCAGCGAGCUGACCCUCAGGAUCCACAAGGGCUCGCAGGUGCAGGAGGAGCCCGGCAGCUCCGGCACCGGGAAGGGCCGCGCGUCCCAGGCGAGAAGUUCCCUCACGGUGAAACUUCUGAAAUUCUCCCGAGAGAAGAAAGCGGCAAAAACUUUGGGAGUUGUGGUCGGCAUGUUUACGCUCUGUUGGCUGCCCUUCUUUCUCGCCUUACCCAUAGGGUCUUUUAAUGUGAACCUGCGCCCACCAGAUGUCCUCUUCAAAGUGAUCUUCUGGCUGGGCUACUUCAACAGCUGCCUGAACCCCAUCAUCUACCCCUGCUACAACCGCGAGUUCAAGCUUGCCUUCAUCCGCAUCCUCAAAUGCCAGUGUCAUCAGCGUAAACGUCCCGGCUGGAGGGCGUACAACUACCGUUCCUCCAACAUCAGCUCCUCUGGAAAUUCGCGCAAAGGCUCAGCGGAUCACAACUCCAGCUGCUUGAACGGCAGCCAGCGUACCCUGCCCUCCUCAGCCAGUCCGAGCCCCAGCUACCUGAGCAAGGGACUCCCACCCUGCCCCGAAGGGGAAACAUUAUACAUCUGGGGGGCCACCACCCCGACUCCCUCCACACCCAACCUGCUGCCCGGCAGCCCUGCAGACUUCCAGCAGGGAGCCCUGAGAGGGGAGGUGAGAGGAGGGAAAGCAGGCGAGGAGAUGACUGGGGGUGUUUUCUCUUUCUCCUUUGGGAAGAAUCGAGACAAGGGAGGGCUCAACAGAGAUAGCACCGUGCCUGAUGAUAAGGUGUGACUCACUGAGACGUGACUCUUUCAUUCCUUGUGGAUUAGGAUUUAACAGAUUUCCUACGUUCACUGUACAAGAUCCCAUGAUCACCCAUCAGUCAGUGGAUUGUCAGUGUCAUUAGUGGUCAAUGUAAGCUGAAGAUAUUGAGUAUUGACUAUGCUGCUGUAUCAGAGAUAUUGUGUCUAUGUUUCUGUAGCUGUGGUUCACAUCGGCAUAGAAGGGUUCUUUCAAUGGACAGUAAGGAGUUCAAGACAAAAACCACUGUUCACUGCCUUCUUUGGGACUGGAACAUGAGUGCAUGCAAAGAAUAAUUUAAAGGAAAAGGAACCUCACCCGACACAAUCUUCCCUUCAAAAAAAUCUGCCUUGUAAAAAAAAAAAAAAAAAAAGACUGAACAUGACAAAGAACCUGACUCGUGUAAAAUGUGUGAUAAGACAAACAACCACCUUUCUGUUGCAGUCACUUGACAUCUUCAUAGUAUGUUGUGGAAUGUAAGUAUAACCUGGUUUAUCUGCUGUGCGCACAAUCAUCAGAUAUCAUCCUGUUUGUAUGUUUGAUGUUCGAAAAGUUCUGAAUAUCAGUAUUAGAAAAUGUGAUUGAUUGAUACAUGAAUAAACAUAGAACGUUGCUCAAAUGUG